CACGUUCAAGAAUGCAGAAACUUUUGGCACGAAGACGAGGAGAAAAAGAGAAAAAACCUGUUAAACGGGCGACGACGGCAAGCGAGCCGACAAUGAUCUCGCAGCUGGACGUACGACUGCAGGCUCUGGACCAGGCCAUUAACCGCGAUUUCCAUGACGACCUCCUCAUGGCCCGACAGAUGACGAUGCCCAGGUUGUUCCAGCGGUCACCCAAGCUACAGGCGCGCUGGAAGGUGAUGCAUGACGUGAGGAUGUUACAGGAUAUCCUGGUCGGCAUGCGCUGUGCACGUGAGCGGCGAGAAGAAGAAAAGAGAAAAGAAAGAGAGCGGGAUGCACUUCAAGCUGCUGAAGAAGCACAGGACGAACCCACAGCUGACGACUCGCAGGAAAAGGAAGACACCCAAACAUCCGAGUCUUCAAAGGAAUCACCGGACCACCCUUCUGACAUCACGAUAGCGGUGAUACACGCCGAAGACCCACCAACAGCAGGUGACGAGGGCUCUGCUCAUACAGGAGACGAGCCUGGCGCAGGACCGGCUGCCCUGGAUGUCCCCAAGGAAGGACAGAAGACCGUUGCCCUGUCUACGUCCCAAGUCAGAACUGCAACCAGUCGCGUGGGAUCUCGUAGUCGCCUUGAAAGAAGUUACACGACAGUGCCCUUCCAGCUACCCCCAAGUACAUCGUUUGCCGGCAGACGACAACCACCAUCAUCCCAGCAACAAACAACAACUGGUCGGUUGCGGCGGACCAUCACUUCACUGUCCAUGUCACGUGGCCGACGUUCCUCUGCAACCAGAGUGUCCCCGGCCAUGAUGUGUCGCAUCCAGGAUGCGGAGAAGAUUUAUGGCGGUCAGUGACCGUUAGAAACGAGCAGUCUUGCUGAAAGCUGCUCCACAUUUUUAAAAAAAAGCAGACUUUUUUUAAAAAAUAUGAAGAUUCUAUUACAAUUUCAACAUCUGCAAACGCAUUUUAUAUCUGUGUAACUGGCGACUCAGAGAUGGUGAAUAUCUAUAUUAACGACUUUUCCAAUGAAAAGAAAAAGGAUUCUAUAUAUUUCAAAUAAAAUAUGUCACUGCUCGUGAUAUCAAAAGAUUGAAGAAAUAAAAGUGAGUCCACCGUACUAACUUCAGUCGGAUACCAAACAUUUAAACCGCCCCUGGUAUCUUUAGAGAGGUUUAUGUGCUCGUCUGCUCGUCAUUUAAUUAAUCAGAAGGUCGUUAAUUCGAAGCCUUCUCGGGCCAGUGACUGGAAAACUUCCUUUGUCCAGCCAGGGUGCCAGGGAAGAAAGAUGGCGCAAGGAAAAGGUUGGGGCUUGCUUUCAAGAUCCCCUGUCCUCUACAGUUUACUGGCCAUGAGACACUUACCGUUAUGCCUUUUAAGACUGUGAUAACCUUUCAACAUCUAUUUCUUAUGAUGGAUUUGCAGACAGGAAAUAAAAAUAUA